UGCUGCUUUCCGGCUCGGAGCGACGCCGGUGGUGCCGGAGCCGAGACCUCAGGACCUCCCUCUCCUCCACCUGUGGCGGCGUCGGCGCAGAGCCAUGGCCGAGCGCGGGGAGCUCGACUUGACCGGCGCCAAACAAAACACGGGAGUGUGGCUCGUGAAGGUUCCUAAGUACUUGUCUCAGCAGUGGGCCAAAGCUUCAGGAAGAGGAGAAGUAGGAAAGCUGAGAAUUGCAAAGAAUCAAGGAAGGACUGAGGUAUCUUUUACUUUGAAUGAGGAGCUUGCAAAUAUCCAUGAUAUUGGUGGAAAACCUGCUUCUGUCAGUGCUCCCAGAGAACAUCCAUUUCUCUUGCAAAGCGUGGGAGGACAGACAUUAACAGUCUUUACAGAGAGCUCAUCAGAAGGCCAGCCUGAAGAAAAUUCUGAGAGCAGUAAUAAUGAUAAACUUUCAUUGGAAGGAAUAGUGGUACAGCGUGCUGAAUGCAGACCUGCUGCCAGUGAAAAUUAUAUGAGAUUGAAGAGGUUACAAAUAGAAGAAUCUUCAAAACCUGUAAGAUUAUCCCAGCAGUUGGAUAAAGCUGUUACAACCAAUUUUAAACCAGUGGCUAAUCAUCAAUACAAUAUUGAAUAUGAGAAGAAAAAGAAAGAAGACGGGAAGCGAGCUCGAGCGGAUAAGCAGCAGGUUUUGGACAUGUUGUUUUCAGCUUUUGAAAAACACCAGUAUUACAACAUUAAGGACUUAGUGGACAUCACCAAGCAGCCUGUGAUAUACCUGAAGGAAAUCUUGAGAGAAAUAGGCAUUUACAAUGUUAAGGGGACCCACAAAAACACCUGGGAACUGAAACCAGAGUACAGACAUUACCAAGGAGAGGAUAAGAGUGAUUAGGAAGUCCUGGUCUGUCUACCAGCAAGGAGCUGGUGAUGGGGUGGCUUAUGACUGUCCUGAUCAAGCCCUGCAGCUGUCCGCGAAACUUGGAACAGUCUCGUAAGAGAGUAGAGUGACGGGCAUUUUUGAAUUCCUCCAGCUUCACUUUUAUGUUUGUUUUUUGAAUAAAGUUUCUAAAGUUUGGGGGAGGGAAGUUAUUUAUAAAAGAAAUUUGUAAUAAACCAAUGCAAGGGGUUGUUUUGCUUUAAAAUUGGUUUUAUUUUCAAGUAUUGACUUUAAAAUGUAAAAUAAGGAAAGGUUUUCUAAUACCGUAGAAAAACUUGAAUUAAUAACAAAUGUCUUGUUGAACAAAGCUUUGCUUUUACCUGCCCACAGUGGACAGUUGAUUCAAAAUGAAGACAGACAUAAGGGAAAGGGAGACAACCACAGUCUCCUGAAUGAAAAAAGCAAGACUUCUCCGUUCUAAAACAUGCUGAAGAAUAAAGUUACCUGUUCAGGUUUUUUAAUGUGAUCAUGUUUUAGGUUUAAAUUUAUCAAUAAAAGAGGUCAUUUUAAUUUGUA